AUUCCUUCACCGUAUGAAGAAGUAAACCGUGAACAUCUGUUAAGUUUGUAUUUCAUUAGAAAAAUUGUUACCUAUCUGUGGGAUACGAUGCGAAUGCCCGGGCGUGUUUUCAUUCGGGCCACGACGACUUCAAAUUAAUAAAAUAACAAAAAGAAAUGUUUUCUUCUUUAUUCCUGUCGGAGAGCACACUGCUUAAAGCUCACUUAGUGUUAUGUAGAUAUUAGAGCCCGUAGAAGUGACUUAUGAAAAAAUAGUGAUGACCUUCGAAGAUAAGAAAUACUUAGAUGAUGAUUUACAGAAAUUACGGAUUGAACACCGUCACUUACAAACAGAUACGACAGUAACCGGUAGGACGGUGGUAGCUGCCCGUAUAAAAAAAUACAUUUAACGCAGAAUAGUCAAUAAACAGUAACGUCAUUCAAACUAAACUAUAUAGUUUGCAAACUCUGGUAACAACAUAAGAAAAAAAAUAUAUAAAAGCGAGUAGUAACGCUAGUUUUUGAUCAGAAUUCAACUUUAGUUCGCAAAAUGAAGACGCGAGUUGUGGUUUUAUUGUUCUGUUGUGUUUAUUAUGUGUACAGCUACGUACCGAGUUGCACACGGCCCCACGAGAAACAUGCCUUCGUGAUGGAUUGUCCGCCCGAACGGUCGUGCAAAAACAGAGGGAUCGAGUUCAGUUGUCUCGCCGACCAGAAACGUGAACAGAAAUGCGUUUGUGACGAAGGCUACGUACGGAACGAAAGUAACGAAUGUAUAGAAGAGGAAAACUGUGCUACUUGUCCAGAAAACGAAGAACGCACCUGCCUUCAAGGUUUAUGCAGACCUCAGAAGUGCAUCGAAAAAAAUGAUAUCAUCUUCUGCCAAUUAGUUGAUGAGGAGAAGUGCGAAUAUGGAUGUGCCUGCAAAAUAGGAUAUCUGAGAGACGAAAAUGGAACUUGUAUACCGCAAGACAAGUGUCCAACUGUGCCUUGUCCAGUGAAUGAAUACUUCACGAACUGCGCUAAGGGCAUGUGUCGUCAGGAGAACUGCACAGAGCUGGGCAAGUUGUCUGAAUGUAAAACGCAAUCGACAGAGCUGUGCGAGCCGGGCUGCGUUUGUGAAGGGGGCUUCUUGAGAUCAAAAAACGGAACGUGCGUAUCUAUCGAUGAAUGCCAUAGGGAACUAUGUCCCGUGAACGAAGUGUACUCGAGCUGUCGACAGCCCAAUUGUAAUUCUGAUAAAUGCGAGUACAAAUACAGGUCACAGUCGUGUCCCUCGGACGAACCCUGCGAAGUCGGUUGUGUUUGUAAAAGAGGAUUUCGUAGGGCUGACAAUGGCACCUGUGUCGAUGAAAGAGAUUGUGAAUCCCAGCUUUGUUCAAUAAAUGAACAGUAUUUAAGUUGCAUCCAAGCUGUUUGUCGGGUCGAGAAGUGUUCAGACCUGGGGGGAUCCCUCAGUUGCAAGGGGGUGUCGGAAAGGGAAUGCGUCGGUGGCUGCGUCUGUAAGGACAACUACUUCCGAGCUAAAAACGACACUUGUAUUAAACUCAGUGAUUGUGACGCUGACCUCUGCUCUGAAAAUGAAAUACACGUGAACUGUGUCCUAGCACAGUGUGGCCCAAUGACGUGCUCAGAGAAGGACGGUCCUAUGUACUGCCCAUCGGUGGACCAAAAGUCCUGCAAAGCCGGAUGCGUGUGUAAAGAGGGAUAUCUGAAAGACGAUAGCGGUAAAUGUGUCGCCCGAGAAAAUUGCCCAAAUUCUGAUUCAUUCAAAACUUGUGCGGUAAAUGAACAAUAUUCGAAUUGCGUACAGUCUGUUUGUCGACCGGAGAAAUGUUCAAAUCUGGGUGGUUCAUUAACGUGUACGGGAGUGUCGGAGAGUGAUUGCACCGGUGGAUGUGUGUGCAAAGAUAACUACUUUAGGGCUAAAAAUGGCACUUGUAUAACGGUUAGCGACUGCGAUAAGGAAUGUUCAGGCGAAAAUGAGGAGUUUACCAACUGCACGAACCCAUGUCCGCCGCGUACUUGCAAUUCACUCGUCGCUCGUUUUGAUUGUAGUAAGCCCAAACCCUGCGAAGAGGGAUGCGCUUGCAAACCAGACUACUUGAAACUCGACGACAAUUCGGCCUGUGUUAAGAUUUGCGAAUGUCCGCAAAUGGCUAGCUCUCCUGACUGUCCAAAAUUAUAAUGCAAAGUUAAAUUAAAGAUAAUAUGGAUUUCAAAAACAUUAUUCUAUAUUUUUUCAAGUUAAUUAAGAAAUUAUUCUCAUAUAAAAGUGCUCUAAAAUAUUGUACAACUCAUCAUAGGUAAACAAAAAUAUUUAUUUGUUAUUAAAUUGACAAAUUAUUAUUAGA